UACAAUACUAAAAAUUUUUUUACACGCAGAAUCGCUAAUUAAGAAACUAUGUUGCGUGCAAUUUGGCAGAAAUAUAAAGCAAUAGGUCAGUUUUCGAAUCACAAUGUUAGAAUCAGGUUUGAAAUGAAAUUUACUUAAAUAUUAUAUUUUAAAAAAAUUAGUUUGAAAUACGUAAUUUUAAUGUGUAGUUUGGAAAGCCAUCAAUAGAUGGCGCUACGAGUUAAAAUUUAACAUUGUAAUCUUAUUUCUGCAAAAAUUCACGAAGUAAUUGAUUUUGAUAUCAGUUAUAAAUCAUAUUUUUUUCUAAAUAAUAUUUAGAAGCGUUUCAUAUAUUCCUUUAUACACAGUUUUCACUAAACAUUGUCAGCUGUCAGCAGAAUGACGUUUACGGCAACCCUAUUGCAUUGCUAUUCCGCACUCGUUUUGUUUACAUUUAUUUGUACUGUGGUCAGUUUGCAAAAAAUAUGCGAAAAUAUCAAGGACGACCGAAAAAACAUCCUGGUUUUAAUAAAAGAUCCAGAAUUCAGCGUAAACGUCGAGCUCAAGAAAAAAAUAUGAAAUUAAAUUCCCGAGAUGUGGAAGAUUCCGAACAAGCGGAUGUUUUCGAAAGGUCAGAAAUUAUUGAUACAACUGCAUCUGUGUCAAAGGAGAAUCAUUGCCCGGAUGAUUUUUUUACAAAGUCCGGAAGUGAAAAAUUUGACUUUUCUACGCCAGAAGUUACAGCUAAUGUUCCUAAGACAAACCAGGCUUUCCUGAGUUCUGAUCUGGACAUUUCAGUUAUUGACUCUGACGUAGAAGGUAGAAAUACAAGCUCUCUUUUGGGGUGAAAAUUUUGUGCAUGAUUUGGCUUUCAUUGAGACGUCUCUGGGUCAGGAGUUACUAAGGAAGAGAAACUUACAUGCAGGUUGAAGCAUGCAGUGUCAAAUGUAUAAGGAAUAUAAAAGAUGCUGUAUAUUAGUAUAAGUUUGAAUAACCAUAAUAAAAAAA